AUAAAUACCAUAGUUUAAAAGGGCAUAAAUGCUAAAAGGAUGCUCGGAUCUCAUUAACACAAGUGUUCGUCGAUUGGGGAAGGAGAGGCGCGGGAGAGGGAGCUUUGAUCCUCCGCCGAGAACGAGUCCUAAAGAUAUCCCCAGCUUUUUUUGAUCAAGAGGAACAGACAGUCCGAAGGACCUGCUAAACUGUCAGGGGCGUGCACAAAGCUUCGGUGGAGCAAGUGGACAGUCCCUGCUAAAGAUAUCCCAGCUUUAGUAAACUAUCAGUUCCAUCCUCCAAAGCCAAGAUGGUGAAUGCUAUCAAAGGUCUUUAUAUUUCCUGUGAUGUACCAAUGGCACAGUUCAUUGUGAGUUUAAAUGCAUCUAUGCCGGCUUCACAAAAGUUCAUAUUGCAUAUGCUGGACAGCACACACAUGUUUGUGCAACCUCAUGUGGCUGAGAUGAUCAGGAGUAAAAUUUCAGAGUUUAGAGAUCAGAACUCUUAUGAGAAGCCUGCAUGAUUCCAAUCUCAGAUCAUGAAUGGACCUUUCAUUCCUGCUCUUCUCCAAGGACAUUCAUUAUCAUCUAAGUAAUCCCAAAACAUAUACUAAUUUUUUGAACUCCUUGUAUAACUUGACUUAAAUAUAAAGUUAAAAUAUGUGGAUGGAAAUAAUUAUAAUCUAA